GAAAGGGAAGUCACGACGUGUGCUCUUCAACAACUGCUGAAGAGCUACAAAAGGGAGAAAGUGAUGCCAUAGAGAGACUCUGCAACAAAGCUGAAGAUGGCAACGACGAAGCAGCUGAUGGUUCCAGCGACAUGGGGGAUCAGAAGCAGCUUCCAUUCCCUUAUUGCACUUCUUGUCGCGUUCCUAGUCAUAGCUUCCAUCUAUGUAACCCAAAAUAGUGGUGUGCUCGUAGAAGAUAGGACUAAGAGUAAGAGCUCUGGUGAUUUGCUGUCAAGGUGCAAUUUGUUCUCAGGAAAAUGGGUUUUUGAUAACAAAUCUUACCCUCUGUACAAAGAGAAAGAAUGCACCUUCAUGUCUGAUCAGUUGGCUUGUGAGAAGUUUGGGAGAAAGGACUUGAACUAUCAGAACUGGAGGUGGCAACCACACCAGUGUGACCUUCCUAGGUUCAAUGCCACAGUAUUGCUAGAAAGGCUAAGGAACAGGAGGCUUAUGUUUGUAGGGGACUCAUUAAACAGAGGCCAAUGGGUUUCAAUGGUCUGUCUCGUGGACUCGGUGAUUCCUCCAGGGCUCCAAUCCAUGCAUCAGUACCGCAAUGGUUCAUUGCACAUCUACAAAGCCACUGAAUAUAAUGCAACAAUUGAGUUCUAUUGGUCUCCUUUACUGGUGGAAUCAAAUUCUGAUGAUCCGGUAUACCACCGAGUAGAUGAUCGGACUGUUAGAGUUCAAGGCAUUGAAAAGCAUGCGAGGCAUUGGACUGAUGCUGACAUUCUUGUUUUUAAUACCUAUCUUUGGUGGAGAAGAGCCCAAAUGACUGUCAUGUGGGGAUCAUUUGAAAGGCCAGAUGGAAUUUACAAGAGAGUACAGAUGCCAAGAGUUUAUGAGAUGGCUUUAAAGACAUGGUCAGAUUGGCUAGAGGUUCAUGUAAACCGAACCAAAACACAAAUGUUCUUCAUCAGCAUGUCACCAACUCAUGAAAAGGCUUUAGAGUGGGGUGGCGAUGAAGGGCAAAAUUGUUACAGCGAGACAGAACCGAUCUUCAAAGAAGGAUACAGAGGAGAGGCCUCCUGCCCAGAAAUCAUGCGUGUGGUUGAGAAGACUCUUGAUGACUUGAAAACAAGAGGAUUAAAUGUACAAAUGAUUAACAUUACACAGUUAUCAGAUUACAGAAAAGAAGGCCAUCAAUCGAUAUAUAGAAAGCAAUGGGAGCCAUUAAAGGAAGAACAAAUAUCAAAACCCAGCAGCUAUGCAGACUGUAUACAUUGGUGUCUCCCUGGAGUUCCAGAUGUGUGGAAUGAACUUCUUUAUGCUCACAUUAUUAAUCUUUGACAGAUCUUAUGUAAAUGUAUCUUCAAUGUAUGAGGCUUUAAGUUUUGGUUCUUGUUCUCAGGAAUUUGAAAUGCAGAAUUUGGCCUUAAA